GCUCCUGGGAAAUGCCAUCGCUGGGAGUAUUGCGAGCGCGCCUCAUACCCUCACAACGACCGCUGGAGGUCUCACUCCAGAGAGAGACAAAACACUUUACACGCAUUUACUGUUGCAUCUGUAUGGGUUUACAACAUCUGAUCUGCAGUAGACUGACUGCUCCACCAUUCAGCCAGCCUCCGCUAAGAAAAUGACAGCGUUCUCCGGAGUUGUUCAGGCGCGUUAACUUUGAACAAAUUCAGCGAGGCACGUCCCGGCGGAAAUCUUACUUUCGAUGUAUGAGAGUUUGAGGUUUUCAGCCACUGAGAAGGCAGCAUCUGGGCUGAAUCAUUUGUAUUAUGGCUUCGGAUCAAGAAAGCAACAGGCAGCGUUUGAAACAGCUUCUGGGGAAACCUGGGAAUGGAAACUGUGCCGACUGCGGGGCUGCAAAUCCAGAGUGGGCAUCCUAUACCCUGGGAGUGUUUGUGUGUCUCAGCUGCUCCGGCCUUCAUAGAAACAUUGCUCAGAUAAGCAAAGUAAAAUCUGUCCUGCUGGAUCCCUGGAGCUCCACUGAGUUGGAGUUUAUGGACUCUGUGGGCAACAAUGCUGCCAAGGCCAAAUAUGAACAGAUAGUUCCUGCAUUUUACUACCGACCUACAAACAAAGACUGCACACUCCUGCGGGAACAAUGGAUCCGAGCCAAGUACGAGAGGAAGGAGUUCUUGUGUGUAGAGAGGCAGGAGCCCUACUCGGCAGGCUACAGAGAGGGGUUUCUAUGGAAACGAGGCAGAGACAAAGGACAGUACCUCAGCCGGAAAUUUAUUCUGUCUGAACGGGAAGGUGUUUUGAAGUACUUCAUCAAGCACGAUGCCAGAGAGCCUAAAACAAUAAUGAAGAUCAACACUUUGAAUGCCACUUUCCAACCAACAAAAAUCGGUACUGCCAAUGGCCUGCAGAUUACCUAUUUGAAGGACAACAGCACUAGGAAUAUCUUUGUUUACCAGGAGGAUGGAAAGGAAAUGGUGGACUGGUUUAACGCCAUCAGAGCAGCCAGGUUUCACUACAUGCAGGUGGCUUUUCCUGGAGCUUCCACCUCUGAAUUGUUGCCAAAGCUAACCAGGAACUUCAUAAAGGAGGGAUACAUGGAGAAGACUGGUCCAAAGCACACAGAGGGUUUCAAGAAGAGAUGGUUCACGUUGGAUGACAGGAGGCUCAUGUACUUCAAAGAUCCACUGGAUGCCUAUGCACGAGGCGAGGUGUUCAUUGGUAGCAGUGAAAACAGCUAUACAACGUUGCCCGGCCUCCCCCCAAACAUUCAGGGCUUCCAUUGGCAGUUUGGAAUUACCAUAGUUACCCCUGACAGGAAGUUUCUACUUGUGUGCGAGACUGAAGAAGAUCAGAAAGAUUGGAUUGCUGCAUUACAGACUGUUAUCAAAAGACCAAUGCUGCCCCAGGAGUAUGCAGUGGAGGCCUAUUUUAAGCACAAACCGUGACUUAGUGUUUGAAGACCUGUUGGUGCAUGGAGUGGAGCUGGAGGAGCUAAAUAACCUCAGAUAUGUACUUGAUAAUAAAAACUUAAAAUGGUUAGUCUUUAUAAAGACUUAAAGGUGACAGAGAAAAAGACCUAAAGGUAACCUGCCAUCCUGCUCAAUGUCAUGUGCCAGACCCAUUUCUUACGGAGUCCCAAUCACUCCUAAGCUCAUGAAUGUUAGCCUAACUCACUCAUCUGUUACGAGAUAUGACUUACACAAUUAAGAGGUCGGUCAUCCUGACCUGAAGGUACAUGUUAUGUUAGUAGGAAUCAAAUAUUAAAAGGUGUUUUCUCCAUUUUCAUUGAAAUAGCAGUAUCUAAUUUGCAGUUAUAUUGCCAAGCACUGCAGGUAUAAUUAUUUUUUAACAAUUGUUAUUUUUGCUUUGUUUGUACAGAUCAAGCAGCUGAUGUAAAUUACUGUGUGCACUGUUUAUCACAUUUAAGAAUUUGCUUGCGUUACUUUGUUUCUCCUUUUUGUAAAACUUUAUAAAAAUAGUGGUGCACAUUAGCAUUUACUUUCCUUAUUAAUGCAGAAGAGGGAGACAGAGGAAAGGUGUUAAACUUACUAUAACUAAUGCACUGAACUCACUGGGGAGAUGUAUAGGAAAAUCUGUGUAAGUGAAACUGAAAUGUCAUCUAUUAAAAGGGUAAAAGCCACAUUACCUUCUGUUUUUAUUGUAAUAUAUUUUCAAUUACAAGAAAGAAGUUGCACAUUAAAAAGUAGUAAAGCCAAAAAUCCACACAUUACUCUGAACAUCAAGAUUGGAAAAUGUACAGUACUGUUUCUAUGACUAAUAUGUAAUCUAUUGAAAUCUAAGCAACAGUCAUAUAAAAAGAGACCUAUGCUUCUCUUACGAAGGUGAGGUUUGAGAAGAAAUGGCACUAUAUACCCCAUUUAUAUAUUUGUGAAUGGAAAAUAAAAGCAGGAAAUAUAGUAGCUUACUAAGGUUUGCACAUCUGACUACAAAAAAAAAUUCAAAAUCUAAAGAAAUAUACAUACAAUAUAUGGUAUCUGCAUGUUAUAUACAGUACAAUACUUUAGGCAACAUUGUCAACAUACUAUGGGUAUGUAUUCCCCGAACAUCCCCCGAAAACCCCACCCAUACUCUUAUGUAUCAUCUAAAGUGCUAUUCUCAAUUUCUCCUUACAUGCAGAAAAAAGUUAUUAACAUUAUGUUUGUCAAAUCAGGUUUUGAAUAAUU